UAAAUUUGGAGAACUAUACAUCAUGCACAUGUAUACACGCACGAACACACACAUUCAACGGUCACACCUCAGAGGCUAUAAAAAGAGGUUGCUUUGUUCUAUUCUCAGCAUCAAAUUCAAAUCAGUACUCUUCUUCUUCAUCUUGAACUGUAACACAAAACACAGAGAGAGAGACAUAUUUUUGAAAACGUAAUUUCAGACAAACCCGUUUCAUAAUUUCUCCAAAAGGUUUCAUUUUGUUUUCUGGGUCUCUGUUUUCUUGGAACCUAAACAACUAUGAAGAGGCUCCGAGGUUUUAAGAUCGGACACAGAUUCGUCAAGAUCUUCAAAUGGAUAAUCCGAAGUAGAAGAAACCAAACCGGGAAACGCCAAUGCCUGACCGGAAUUCUCAACCCGGUUACAAAAAUCUACUCUUUAGCACGGCGGUGUCUCCGUCGUGGAGCUAAUAGACUGUGCGGAGGAAUGAAACCGGGUCAGACCCGGCUUGGUAACGAACCGAAGACGCCGACAGUUCCAAGAGGGCAUUUAGUGGUUCAUGUCGGUGAAUCCGGUGAGGAUACGCGACGUGUGGUGGUCCCGGUGAUUUAUUUUAACCAUCCUCUGUUCGGAGAGUUGUUGGAACAGGCAGAGCGGGUUUACGGGUUUGAACAACCGGGUCGGAUUAUGAUACCUUGUCGGGUUUCGGAUUUUGAGAAGGUUCAGAUGAGGAUCGCUGCAUGGGACCACUGCCGACGAAAGAGCACUUUUAAGAUUCUCUAAUUUCACUCUCAUUUUUAAAUAUAUAUAAUUUAAGUUUUAGCUUUUUUUUUCCAUAAAAAAAAGAGAGCAAAUGUCAAAUUAGAAAAAUGAGAAAUUUCCUAUAGUUUGUGUGAAUAUCAGUUUUAUAAGUUAUACACAUUACCCAUACAUUUUCUAUGUUAUUCAAACACAGAUUUGUAAUGAGAGAACAUUUAUUUCAUCAAUUUAUUUAUUUUAUAUAUCAUCAUGCAAUGAUGCAAAGACC